CGCCUCACAGCGCAGCCUCCAGGCGUGCUCCUUUGCUCCAGGCGUUGUUGCCUUUGUGCCAUUACACGCAUAGUCUCUCUCGCUCUCCAGGCGUGCUCUCAUCACCUCAAGGUAUUCCACCCGGUAUGCAGUCUUCGAAAGACCCGGCUCUGGACCUGCCCCUUACCCUUCCCGGGUUCGACUCUGCACUACGUGACUGUCCUCUGCAUACCUCCCCUGGAGCACUUGUAAGGCCUUUCGGAAUCGUCCCCUGUCAGGGCGAGCAUCCCUCCUACGGAUCUUCAACGAGAGCUGGAGCCAAGGGGAAGCCCCGAACGAGUGGAAGACCGCGAUGGUGGUCCCUUCACUGAAUCCAGGCUACAUCUGAUACGCGGACACAGUGCGCUUACCUGGAUGAAGAAUAACUUCGGCUUCCCAGCUAAGAAAGGAGCAGCAUCGCUGCAGAACAAUCUGGAUAUUUUGCAUAAUUCCAGCCGCUCGUUUUGCUGAUCUGACUGAUAUACAGUGAGAGAAAGGAACCAACUGUGAUGCUCCGUCCUCAUCUUUCGGGAGGAAGCUGUUGCUGCUGGCCAACUCGCUGCAGCGUCCACCGGCAAGGGCUGUAUAAGUUAAUUAAUAAUAAGAUAAUGAAUCUAAUCAAUCAAGUCAGUGAAAAGUAAGUUGUAUUGUCUGAUUUGAUGAGUCACAGAAUUAAUGAGCUCAUCUUCCUUAUCGUUUUGGCCUACCGGCAUUCCCAGUGUCUUUAAUUUAUUGAUUUAAUUUACUGAAUCGGUGGUGAUCAACCAAUCAAUCAAUAAUGGUAAUGCAAUUAUCAACUGAUCGAUGAUCCCUCCUAUCAUUUUAUAGGCUGAGUGCCGCCUUAUGCUGGGGAACAACAACUAUUGGCAGAAUCGCUAUACCACGGGUGUUCAUCCUCAUUCAUUCAGGGUGUUCACCCUGGGCGGCAUCCUGGCCUUCUUGGGUCUUGAGAAACCCAAGGAAGAUCCUCUCAUUCACACCAUAAAGCUGGGCAUCCUCAGUUGGCAGCGUAAAGAGUACAACAAGGCAGAAUCAAUCCUUCAUGUCGCCCUUAAGAUGGCUCAAGAGCAGAUGAAUGAGAAAGGUGUCACGUACAUCUACGACAUCCUUGCAAAUGUGGCCUUCGACAAAGGGGACCACUCGAAAGCAGAAAAACUUUUCAUAGAAGUCAUGCAGAGAGCUAUUUCCACGGGAAUGCCGCAGGACGACAAUGCGGUUGUCGAGAUGUCGCUAAAACUUGCGCAGCUCUACAGCCUCCGCAACGACACGUCGAAGGCGGAGGAGGGAUUCCAGUUCUGCAUCGACACGCAGAAGAAGAAAAUGUCCGCUAUCAACAUGGCGGACGCGUCUGCGUUGAGCGACUACGAACAGGAUACCCUGCUUCUGUGGGCAAUGUCUAUGGAUGCCUAUGGAAAACACCACAUGAAGCACGACAGGCUCAAGGAAGCGAGGAUCUGCUUUGAGGAAGCUUUGACCGUGUGCGAACAAGUGAACGGCAAACUGCACGACCAGACCCUGGUGCUCUUAAACGACGUCGCAACCGUUUGCUCGCACUUGGGCGAUUUUUCUUCCGCGCACAAAUUUAUUACGGAGGCGAUUCAACGGGGAAAAGAUUCCGAUUCGCCCGACUUGCCGGUGUUCUAUUGCAAUCUUGGAGCAGUUCUUCUGAGGGAAGGGCAGGACUUGGAAAUGGCUGGAAAGGUUUGUCAAGAAGCGCUAAAAUUGGCUAAGAAAAUGAAGCACGCGAAAGCGCUGGAAGACGCUCAAGGUUGCCUGGAUGAGUUGAAGCAGAGAAAGCGCAAUGAGGUCAGGCAAUAAAAUAUACGAGUUUUACUGCCACGCGGCAGUUAGUGCA